AUGCCUUCGGCACCACAUCUGGGAAUGGGCCGUCGGUCGAAAUCCUCCCCGUCGCUCGCUAAUCCUACCUCUGCGCCUGGCGCCGCCGCAUCCAACUCGUCCAACGUCGCGUCCUCGUCGCCCGUCGAUUCCGCUGGCUCGUCGACAUCUCCCGCCCCUCGGGCGACCUCCCCCACCGCAUCCACCUCCUCUUCUACGCGCCCGAGUUUCCUGUCGCGCCUCAGCCUCCCUCUUUCGCUACGCAACCGAAAUCGCAAUGUCGCCGACUUCCAUAUUCGUGCCGAGGAGCCCCAUCGCCGGUAUGGCGCCGGCGACCAUGUUCGCGGCGCCGUGGUCCUCGUCAUAGUCAAGCCAGUGCGGAUCACUCACCUAACUGUGUCGCUGCAUGGCUAUGUGCGAGUGCUCAAGGACCCGGCUGCGGUGGCCAAAGCCCAAGGGAGUAUUGUGAUGCCGCAGAACGGUGACUCAGCGAGACCACGGUAUCACGGCAAUGGGCUCGCCAGCCUCUUUCAGGAUGAGCAGGUGCUGAGCGGCGAGGGAAGGCUAGAGCCGGGCAGGUACGAGUUCGGGUUCAACCUUGUAUUCCCUGAGAAGGGUCUACCAAGCAGCAUCGACUUUGAGCGAGGGACUGUCUCAUACAUGGUUACAGCGACACUUACAAGGCCAACAUCGAUCGCCCCGACUUCGUCCUGCGAAAGAAAAGUGAUGCUAGUGGAGAAUGUAGAUAUAGGAGCGCUACAGGCACCACGGCCACGAACAAUCUUUCUUGAGCCGAUAUCGAAACGAACCCGGAGGAAGAAGUCGAUGAUGCUGGACAAGACGUCUGCGGCCCCGUCAGAGGUCAAUGAGCUUGGUUCAGAGCCAGAUCCUGUUGAGACGCCCACAGAAGAGACACGCGAACAUGCCGUAGAUACUCGAAGCCCGAUCCAGAGCGAUAUGCGGAGCGAAGUGAGUGGAGAGAGCGGCGUGAGCGGCAGCACAGGCGUUAGCCGGCCUGAUCUCACACUGUCCCAGGUUGGGACGCUGACAUCAGCCAAGCAGCAGGCGGUGGACAAGAAGACUAUUACGGCGACGAUAGAGUUGAUCAAAGGUGGUUGUUUGCCAGGCGACGCCGUAUCCGUGCGGGUCACGGUUCAACAUAUCAAGCGUGUCAAGAGCAUGACGGGUGUUAUUGUGACGCUUUUCAGGCAAGGAAAGAUCGACAGCAACCCACCGCCUGGCCUUUUUGACGGGUCAUUGAGUCGAGAGGACGUGGCGCAAAUGGACAAGGAUGAAGUGUUUCCGCGGUCAAGAACCGGCCUCGGGGGUCUCUCACUAACAUCAUCGGGUUCGACCAGCAUAUUCCGCAAGGACUUGGACCAGAACAUAGCGCCUCUCAUCAUCGACCCCAGCACCAUGCAGACCUCGGUUACUGUCACUGUAAAGCUGCCCGACGACUCGUUUCCGACAAUUAAGGGUGUCCCCGGGGAGAUGAUCAGCUUCAAGUACCUAGUCGAGGUAGUGGUUGAUUUGGGUGGACGGUUAUCCAACCAGAUGCAGACAGGUCCGGCAUCCAGAUUCGGAUCAUAUGGCCAUGGGAACUCGGAUAACUAUACUUAUGGGCCAAGAAGGGGGGCCAACAUUGCGGAUACUUCACAGCUACGGCACGAAAAAGGAGUCAUCUCAGUGGCAAUAGAGACGGUCGUGGGUACCACGGACACUUCGAGAGGAAGGAAAAGAUCGAGAGCUUCACCGACAUCACGGAGAAACCGAGCCCCUGAAAGCGAUGACGAGGAAGCAACAGGUCGAGAUUCGAGUCACGGUGAUGAAGGGCCCCAUGAGACACAUCAAAACAAUGGGCAAUUGUCUCCUAGCGGCUACUUUCCAUCACAGCAAAAUGGGAACCGCCAUCCGCUGCCUAUCCCCUCACAUCCUCCUCAGCCAUAUUCACAAGUUGUGCCCUUGCAACCUCCUUCGCAACCUCCGCCUUCCCAUCCGGGUUAUACUCACGCGCAAACCAAUGGCUUCGUUCAUCCUCCAACUACUCCCGCAUAUAUACCCCCCCCUGAAAUACCAAACCAGAGCAACCUGUCGGAGAAGGAUAGAAUACGGCAGGCUGAGACAAGACUAUUACCAAGUCAGCCUCCAGAGGCGGGUCCAUCCACCAGCAACGAAGACGAAAACAUUUACGAUGCUGAGGACACACCCAACGCCCCUCAUCUCCCUGCCGACUCGGCUCCAAGUGCUCCCAGCGCGCCCAGUGCCCCUGACGCAGGUCCUUCAGCGCCUACAGAAGACGACAUCGAGGUGGCUACAGCACCGCCGUCCCAUGCUGUGGAAGACAAGCAAGAGAUGGAGCGGCGACGAUUGAUGCAAGAAGCCAGCGCUCCGCCAGAGUUUCCAGAGGAUAUGGACCGAAGGAAUGGGGGACCUUCAGGCGAAACGGCCCCAGACCCAGACCCAGAACCAAGUGCGCCUAGCGCCCCGGUUCUCGAUGACUUUGAUGAUGACUUUCCAGGAUAUGGAUCUGGCGCUGGACCAUCUGGAAGCUCACGACACGGUGACGGGGAGCAGCUGCCAGCUUACCAGCGAUGA